UGAACUUUAGGUGAACAAGACAGCGGAGCGAUGCGCGUUUACCACUUGAAUCUAUUAGUGCUGAGUGCCGGCCUGCUGGUCCUGCUGGCAAAAUCGGGGACCACGGUCUCCCCAGCGGAUGUGGAUGUACAGCAACUGACUCUGGCGGAUGUAAAUCAGGCAACGGAACAGCAGGAGAUGCCGGCAGUUCGCCUGGCCAGGCAAUUCGGAUUCGGCCGUGGAGGCGGACGAGGAUUCGGCCGUGGAGGAUUUGGCCGAGGCGGAUUCGGCAGGAGGGGCGGUGGAUUUUGCUGCGGCGGCGGCGGUGGAUUCCGGAGACCCGGUUUCGGAGGCGGCGGUUUUGGGGGAUUCUACCCACCACUACCACCGCCGCCCUUCUUCGGCGGCCCCUUCUACGGCUAGGUGUUAUUAAUUUAAUGUGCAUAUGUGAUACGAUCAGACCAGGAUUAGCUGCUAAUAAAUCAACACGAGCUGCUGCUCUAAUUACCCGACCAA